UAACCAUUUGUAUUGUUUGGGGAAUUUAUCCAUUUGGACCAAGGUGAAAUUGAAUGUAUUGAUUUCUGAUCACAUGAUAUCCCUGGCUGAUUGAUCCGGAGCCAGUAAUGAAAUGUCAAACAAAUAGUAUCUCAUUGUGGUUAUCAACUGAAGGGAGUUCAAACAGAUGGUCAGAGAUGAUCAGUAAUUUUUGCUCUACUGUGAGGUGAAGUGGCCACGGGGGCCUUUGCCUCUUGAGCCUACUUCUACAGCAAUGAGAUUAGUGGGUUAAUCCGGAGGGAGGAGUCAGGAAUGGAUCUAGGUGCAGUGCAUGUCUAAUGAAUAAGGAGUGAGAAGGAGCAUCCAAUGAGGUGUGUUACCAUUCAGAGCCAUGCUACAGAUGAACCUACACCUCUGAUGGUCCUCCUUACAUUGUAAAACCACAGUGGAGGCCAGGCCAGGGUACUGUAUUCCUAUGGCUGAAGCAAAAUGCCUGUUCCUGGUGAACAUAAAGGAUGAAGUGGAUGGUGUUGUUGCCACACCCCUAAUUUACAAAGAUAAUCUGGACUGAAUUAACUGAAGACCCGAGGUGGUGCAGGACUACCAAAACUAAGAAAGAAAGCAUUUGAGGACAUUGCUGUGUCAGUGGUCCAACGUGGGAAAGUGGAGUAGUUUUAUGUUGAUGUUUGAAGAUGCUGACGAUCACUAGCUCCACAAUCUUUUUGCUUCAGGUAAACGUGCUGAGGAUACCUUAUUGGGAGGUUGCUGUGUUCCAAUUCCUAAAUGGAUUAUUACAUUAUGGAUUAUAAUGGUUGAUGUCACCUAGGUCAUCAUGGAUUUUCAUCUUUGACAGCUGACACUGCUCUCUGAUUAUGUGUGUACACUGUAAAAAAAACACACAUGUUUUUACAGUAAGUUACUGGCAGACAGUAAUCUGUAAAUUACUGUAAAAAAAGUACAGUAUGUUACUGUAAAUUCCAAAUAAACCUUGGUUUAUUAACAGUACAUUACUUUAAAGAAGUGCUUUCUUUGGAAUUUACAGUAACAUACUGUACUUGUUUUUACAGUAACUUACAGGUAGGUAACUGCUUCCAGUAUGUUUUUUACAAUGUAGCCUCGUAAACUGAUCAAUAUAAGGACCUACCACACUAUUUCACUAUUAUGAAAUGUAAAUGAGGUUUUAUCUUAGACUAACGUGAGUGUGUGUCCCAAGGCACUGCCAUGGCAGUGGAGGUCUGCUUGAGUAUUCAGUCAUACAACACUCCACCCUCAGACAAGCAGUGGAGUCCCCUACCCCCUCAUGGAGUCAGUCAGGACACCCCAGUCGAAGUACACGUUGGUGGGGGAGGUGAUACGUCACGUCAUCCCUGGAGCCACACAAUGCUCCAUAGGGUGUGGAGGUCAGAACUGCAAGUAUGAGAACCCUGACCGCUGGAGCAAGGACAAGCAAGCCAUCAAAGGCCUUUACUCCUCCUGGGUCACGGAAAACCUACUUGCCAUGGCCAGACCAUCUACUGUAUUAAUAGAAAAGUACAACAUUAUUGACCAAUUUAAAAGAUGUGGCCUGAAGACAGUGAUAAACCUGCAGAGACCUGGGGAACACGCCAGCUGUGGUCCCAAUGCACUGGAAUCAGAGAGUGGAUUCUCCUACCAACCUGAGGUCUUCAUGGAGAACAACAUAUAUUUCUACAACUUUGGUUGGAAUGACUAUGGGGUGGCCUCCCUCGCAUCCAUCCUGGACAUGGUGAAGGUCAUGUCCUUUGCGAUGCAGGAGGGGAAAAUGGCUGUCCACUGUCAUGCUGGUCUGGGAAGAACAGGUGUGUUGUUAGCGUGUUACCUGGUCUUUGCCACCAGGAUGACCGCUGACCAGGCCAUCGUGUUUGUACGUUCCAAACGACCCAACUCCAUCCAGACCAGAGGUCAGCUGUAUUGCGUGCGGGAGUUUGCCCAGUUCCUGGUCCCUGUCAGGAGUAUUUUCUCCUGCGCUGAGCCCAGGACUAACCCCAUGACCCUGUCCCAGUUCCUGACCCGCCAGGGACACAUGCUGCAUGGCUAUGAGCGCCGGGAGCUCAGGCACCUGCCCAAGAUCAUCCAGGUGAUUUGCAAGCUGCUGCUGGACAUCGCUGAGAACCGGCAGGUCAUCGAGGAGGACAUGCUGGACAUCCAUGACAUGACGGCAGAGGAGGAGAUGGAGUUUGAACGCUAUCGCGACUUUGGAUUCACCAAGGGAAGCUUCGGGGGAGGCGGCCUCGGAGGGCAGCCCCGUUUACCGGGACCCCCAACCAAACCCCGGCAUGCCAACGAACCGCCCCUGUUCUACCACCGCAAGAGCCUGAGCUACAGCGAAUCGGACCUGCGGAGGCUGGGCUCUGAGCUGAACCUGCCGACCCUACCUCUCUCCAACUCGCUGUCCGCUUGCAACAUGUCUGUGGCCUGUUCUCCCUCCCUGAACUCCCUGCCUAGGACCCCGGCCACAGGCAGCCCCAUGGGGCCCAGGCAAAUAACCACAUCCUACGGCACCCAAGAUGGAUCCCUCUGGGAGCAGAAGAGCCUCGCGGAGGGAUCACCGCUCCUAAAGAAGACACAGAAAGCCUGCCAGCGCAGCGAGUCCGAGUGCAACCCCGAGAAGAAAGGGUAUAGCAGCAUGUUGUUUAGGUGGAAGGAGGAGCAGAGGGCCAAGUUAGCGAACAAUGGUGAUGUGUCUCAGAUAGAGGAGUCAGAGGUGCCCUUCAUCACCAUCCAGACAGAGUUGUCCAAGGAGGCCAGGCGGCUGCUGGUGGCCCAGGCCCUGGCUGUGGAUCUGGAGCAGGAUGGAGAGGAGGAGCACAGGGAGAGACUACAAGCCUGGCAGUCAGAGUUGAACAUGGGAGGGGCAUGGGAGAGGCUAUGUACAUUGGAGAAGGACCCGUUUGUGCUGUCUGGGCUGAUGUGGACCUGGCUGGAGCAGCUGAAGGAGCCAGUCAUCUCCAUCAAGGAUAUACAGAAUCUGGACCGUAACAACAGUGACCCUGCAAACCCAGAGGCUGUCUUCAAACCACUGGACCAGGCUCCCAGGGAGAUGUUAGUGUGCAUUCUGGACUGUAUGGCUCAUGUUCUCACAAUUCCAGAGGAGGUGGAGGCUGCUUUCCUGGAGCGCACCAUCAAGGCUUUCACAAAGAUGGGAAAAGGCUCAGCGGUGUAUCCGGACAUGACAGAGAUCCUUAGGCUGGUCCUACACGACAUGAGGUUUAUAGCCAUAGAGGAGGAUGAGGUACCAGAUAUGGCGCCCAUUCCUACUGUACUGAUCCCAUAAACCUUCUGUAUUCUGUUCCAGACCAUCCCUUGCUAUACUAAAACAUAUGUUGUGCCUUCCUGCGCAGUUUGGAUAGUUUUUCACAUACAAUAUUUUGUCAUUAAGUAUUGUACAGUUAGUGUAUUGUACAUGAAAGAUCACUUUCCAAUGUUUACCUCUGUAUUGUACAGUUAAAAUGCAGACCCAAGAAAAUGCAGUUUAUUUGAGAGUUAAAAUAAAUUGUCAGUUUGGUUUUGAUAAGAAGAUCAAGGGGCAGUAUUUGUUACAGUAUAUGCCCUAAGGAUUUAGGUUAUAUUGAACAUGUAACAUCCAACACAGGGAUUUAAAUACCUAAGCUCCACAUAAAGCCAGCUAAGUGAUUAUAACCAUUCAUUCCUGUACAGAAAUGUGUUAUUGCACAAAAAUAAAGUAUCAUGGCACAGCAAACUGCAAUGUUUUUCCCCUUCAUACUUGCAUGUUUUGCAUAACAUGUAAACACAUCUGCGAUAACUCUUGAUUACAAUGUAUAUUCCAUAAGCAGAGGGUUUGUAAAGACAAGGCACAACAUCAGUGA